CUGUUACCUGCAACACUGUGGCGUUCGGCCAUGUUUAUUUACUUCAUGUUCCCGUGUCGAAACGCUUCCACAGCUGCAGCUACUCGCAGCGAGUUGGCCUUUGGUGAUAUGUGUUCGUCAGAGGGGAAUAAUGGCGGCGGAGGCGGAGGUGGAGGUGAAUGGAGGCUGCGAGUAUCCGGCACACUACAAAGUCAUGAUGGACAAGCUUAAUGAACAACGACAGCUGGACCAGUUCACAGACAUCACCUUGAUUGUGGAUGGACACCAGUUUAGAGCCCAUAAAGCAGUGCUGGCAGCAUGCAGUCAGUUUUUUCACAAGUUCUUCCAGGAUUUUACUCAGGAGCCUUUGGUGGAGAUUGAAGGAGUGAGCAACACAGCCUUUCGGCAGCUGAUGGAGUUCACGUACACGGCCACGUUAGCUAUAGGAGGAGAAGAAGAGGCCUACGAUGUCUGGAAGGCUGCUGAAUACCUACAAAUGCAGGAAGCCAUCAAGGCACUCAACAAUAAAAUAAAUGAAAAUUUUUCAACGCCAGGGAGGGGCAAAGGCAAAAAGAGAAAGAUUGCUGAGACAUCUAAUGUGAUUACAGAAACCCUACCCUCAGUGGAAGGGGAGCAGGUGGAGAUUGAAGUAAUAGGUGAAGGGGCCAUUGAGGUGGAGGAGUCGGGACUAGAGGAGGUGGUCGACGCAGCAAAGAACGCUCAGGCAGCAUCCGAUGACUCCGCUUUGGCUCUUCUUGCUGAUAUAACAAGUAAAUAUCAGCAAGGGGAACCAACCCUUCAGGUGAUCAAGAAGGGAGGAAUUGAAGAGCAGGAGGUCGUGUAUCAGGAGGAAACAGUAACUGCCUCCAAGGUGCUGGAGAAUGUCGAGGUUGUCGAGGUCCAGAUUUCUCAAGUAGACAACGUGUUUCGCUGCAACAAGUGCGACCGCAGCUUCAAGUUGUACUACCACCUCAAACAGCACUUGAAAACACACCUGGGAUCACUGGAGAAGCCCCAUGUCUGUAGCCACUGUGGUAAAGCCUACACACGGGAGGGCGCGUUGAAGCAGCACAUCAGCACGUUUCAUUUUGACGCGGAGGAGCUGUCUCGAAACCAGAAGCCCCAAAAGAAAGUGCACAUUUGCGAAUACUGUAAGAAGCACUUUGACCACUUUGGACACUUUAAGGAGCACUUGCGGAAACACACUGGUGAAAAACCGUAUGAAUGUCCAGAUUGUCACGAGCGAUUUGCAAGAAACAGCACAUUGAAGUGCCAUAUGGCAGCCUGUCAGAAUGGGGCUGGAGCCAAGAAGGGGCGCAAGAAGCUGUAUGAAUGCCAGGUCUGCAGCAGUGUCUUCAACAGCUGGGACCAGUUCAAAGACCACCUAGUGAGUCACACGGGAGUCAAGCCCAACCACUGCACCCUGUGUGACAUGUGGUUCACCCACCCCAAAGAGCUGAAGGCCCACCUCAAAGACGUCCACUCAAUCGAGGACAAGUCAACCGAAGAACUGGUCAUCACUGACUCCGCCGCAACCACCGCUCUCGCCAUAGCAACGCAGAGCAUAGAGGGAGCGGAAACGGUGCUGCUGGAUGACGGCAUUCACGUCGAACACGUCACGGUGGAGCCGGUGGAUGUGAUGGAGAUGGAGGAGACGGCGACAGUGGUGGUGGAGGACGGAGGGGUGGCGGAGAUGUGCGAGGAGGACAUGGAGAGGUUAAAACAGGCCGGGGUGCAGAUCCAGGUGGUGCACGUGACCACGACCGAAGUGGAUGGGCAGCAGGUGGUGAACCCUCAGGUGGAAGUCGAGAUGGAGGGAGAGGUGGUAAACGUGGAGGAGGCAGAGCAAGCAGUGGCUGUAUGAGGAUGUGGAAAGGAUUGAAACAGACGUCUUAUUUUCCAUACAGGUCACUGCAUGUGGGAUACAGCAUGUCACCUCAGUUUGUCCUGCUGUCACGUGAAGCGUCUCUCCUCCCACCACCACCACCACCACCCGUCUCUCUUUGAACUCUGAGUUAUGGACAGAGGAAUGAUUUUUUUGCUCUUGUUGCUGUAUUUAUUUUAAAAAGCCAUUUGCCAUCAUAUCCCAUAUUCUUGGUGUCUUCAGUGCUUCAUCAAUCCAUUUUCACGUGCCGUUUUUUUUUUUUAAUGCCCAUGUUUUAUCUCAGAUUCAUAUUUUUAUCCUUUGAACUUGGAUCACUCGCCAUGACAAUUUUACAAUGAAUGAAAUGUUGCCACUCAUAUAACAGCCGUUGUAUGCUGCUGGUGUUUCUCAGUGUUAAUUUCGUUGGAUGUUUAUUUUCAUAUUGACUUACGGUGUUUUGUUUUUUGUA